UUCCCAGCUGACGGCCGCUGCCGGCGAGUCGACGGGUCGACGGCGACCUCGCGCAUCCGGGAGACGGACGGACUAGACGUUUGGAAGCGCCGCGCGCCGCGUACUGCGUGACGUCAUCGUGUCUGUGAUAAACUACGACCCCCCCUGCCGCCAUGCACGCUGCCCGAUAGCCCCGAUCCGCGCGCGCAUCAUGCUGGCCGUGCUGGCCGUCUCGGUGGCCUCGCCGGCGCGGUCCGGGCCGCGGUGACAGUGUGACAGUGCGGGCAGCGCGUCGCAGCGAAGCAGCGAGCCAACAACAACAACAGCGUAACAACAACAUAAACAACAUGCGGAGUACGCGCCGAACUUGGAUGGUCGUGCUCGCCGCCCUGCUGCCGGCGCUCAGCUUGACGGCUGGGACGGCCAGCGACCCCUCCGACGCGUUCACGCCUCUGGUGAGAUUGAAGAGGCAGUACGACUGCAGAUACAAAUCUGACGUGCAGCGCUUCCGGUGCUCGUCGGGCAGCUGCAUCGACGUGGACCGCGUGUGCGACGGCGCGCGCGACUGCGACGAUGGCUCGGACGAGACGCGGUCCCAGUGCUCCUCCAACUCGGCGUGCCCCGGGCUGUCGUUCCGCUGCGACUACGGCGCGUGCGUGGACGCGGACGCAAAGUGCAACGGCGUGGGGGACUGCGCUGACGGCUCCGACGAGCAUCCCCGCAUCUGCAACCGCGGCCAGGGCAACGGCCAGGGCAGCCAGGGCAACGGGCAAGGCGGCCAGUGGAACAACGGCAACGGCCAGGGCGGCAACGGGCAAGGCAGCCAGUGGAACAAUGGCAACAACCGGCCGCGGCCCCCGGGGCUGGGGCUCGCCAACAACCCCCCGACCUCCGGAUGCAGGGGCGAGGAGUACCGGUGCGCCAACGGGCAGUGCGUGGACAACACGGUGGUGUGCGACGGCCGCAAGGACUGCAAAGACGGCUCCGACGAGACCUACACGCAGUGCUACAGCGUCAAGUGCCCGUCGUACUCCUUCCGCUGCACGUACGGCGGCUGCAUCGACCGCGAGGCGCGCUGCGACGGCGUGCAGCACUGCGCCGACGGCUCGGACGAGGACGGCUGCGGCUCGGACACCCGGCCGCCCACCCAGAGGCCCACCCAGCGGCCGGCCACGCAGAGGCCCAGCCAGAAGCCGACGCAGAAGCCCCGGCCCACCACGCAGGCCACGUCUAGGCCGCCCGUGCCCUCCGGGGGCCCCGAGUGCCGCCUGCCGCAGCGCCACACCGGCGGCUCCUACCGCGUGGACGGCUGCCCCGCCGGCGACUCGAGCGCCGUCUGCCGGGCCGUGCCGGACACGCCGGUGCCGCACGCCACCGUGCUCAAGUACUCGUGCGAGCCGGGCUACACCCUCAACAGCGAGACCAACUUCACGUUCUGCCUGUCCGGCGUGUGGAGCCCCGACCCGCCCGUGUGUGCCAAGAUCUGCCCGCCGCUCAUCUCGACGUCGGUGGACUUGGAGUGCACGCUGGGCGGCAAGCCGGUGCGCUGCGACAAGGGCCAGCUGCCCGGCACGCGCGCCAAGCUGCAGUGCAAGCCGUCGUACCGCUUCCCCGCCGGCGUCACCCCGGACUACGACGCCGUCAACUGCCAGCCCGACGGCACCUGGGACUGGCCGCUGUUCAAGUGCACCCCAGAGUGCGGCGUGGCCAUCGCCAAGGGGCAGACGCUCAUCGUCCACGGCACGGACGCCAACAUCGGGGACUUCCCCUGGCACGCCGGCAUCUACGACAAGGAGCAGAAGACGGGCAUCACGCAGGUGUGUGGCGGCUCGCUGGUGCUGCCCAACCUCGUCGUCUCAGCGGCGCACUGCUUCUACGACGACUCGGUGGAGCAGAAGAUGCCGGCGUCCCGGUACAAGGUGGCCGUCGGCAAGUACUUCCGGGACUGGGACCACACCGAGCAGGGCGUGGUGCAGCGCAGUGAUGUGUACAAGAUCCACCUGCCCGACAAGUACCGCGGCAAGUCCCGCAACUACGCCGAGGACAUCGCGCUGGUGGAGCUGACCGUGCACGUGUCCAUCAGCGCCGUGGUCAUGCCCAUCUGCGUGGACUGGCUGGGCACCACACUGCACGCCCUGCGCCGCGGCGACGUGGGCACCGUGGUGGGCUGGGGCCGCACGGACGACCGCACGCCCAGCCCCACGCUGCUGUCGGCCCGCCUGCCCUUCGUGGCCUUCGACGACUGCCUGCGCGAGAUCCCCGACACCUUCCGGCCCUACAUCACCAGCGACAAGUUCUGCGCCGGCAACAUCAACGGCUCCGCCGUGGCCAAGGGCGACAGCGGCGGCGGGCUCGCGUUCAAGGACAAGACCGCCUGGUUCCUCAGGGGCAUCGUCUCGGCCGGCGUGCCCAACUCGCUCACGUACUCCGCCUUCACCAACGUGGACAACCACAAGCAGUGGAUGUCCUCCGUGCGCGCCGAGGCCGAGAACCGCAAGAACCAGGGAUGAUUCGGUGUGAAAGGUGCCAAACCACUGUGAGGCCGACCGUACUGGCCGCUGUUAUUUAUUUAGUGCUGAUGUGUGUAGGUGGUUUUUACAAUCGAUGUUAGAACUGUUGUUAUUUUACCUUUUUUCUUUUACAAUCCGUGCUAUUUUAAGGAACUCAUAAUUUGACUGAUUAGAAGAUUGCUCAAUAAAACGUCCUGUGCCACAA